UGGAAUUGUAGGUAAAAAGGGUGUGAGAGAAGUAAAAAUGAUCCCCUAAAAAAACCCUUUAUCAAUUUUAUGCAAAUAAAAUAAAAGGGGAUGAUAAUAUUUGAAAUCCCUAUGUUCCUUGAAAUUAUGUGAGUUUUGUCAAAUAUUUGUUGAAGCAGAUUCAUUCCUUCGUAUAUCAUCCUCAGCAAAAGUUUUCCGAAAAGAGGAUUUAAGCACGGCCUCGCUGACUCACUAAAGAUGAUGCGGGCAACAACAGCUGCUGCUGCUUCUUUUUUGAAGGUUGGUUAUGGCAGCAGCAGCACCAGAGGUAUGCCUCCUUUUCUUCUUCGAGCUUCUUCUGUUGUUAUUUUCAACACUUACUUGGCUUUGUUUCACUCUCGACCUUCUAAAUCGACCGAAUCUAGAAACACCCAACACUACCAGCUUGUGAAAAUCACUAAUGUUGAGGAUGCUCUCAAUGUGUUCGACGAAAUGCUUCACAGGCGUCCUCUGCCUUCCGUUGUCCUUUUCAAUCAAGUGUUGGGUCAACUUGCCAAGUUGAAGCAUUACUCGACAGUCAUCUCCUUGAAUAACCAAAUGGUUGCGUCAGGAAUUCGUCCUGAUGUUUAUACCUUAAACAUUAUCAUUAAUUGCUUUUGCCAUAUGCACCAAAUGGGGUUUAGCUUGUCUAUCUUGGGAAAAUUCUUCAAAUUUGGUUUUGAACCGGAUGUCACAACCUUCACCACUCUAAUCAACGGCUUUCUUCUUGAGGAUGGAGAGGCUGAGGCAGCAGCACUUUUCAACAAAAUGAUGGAGGGAGGUAAUUGCAAGCCGAAUGUGGUUACUUUCAACACACUAGUAAAGGGCCAUUGCUUGAAAGGUAACAACACUGAAGCUAUCCAGUUGCUUAAGAAGAUGGAAGAAGGAAAUUGCAAGCCUGGCGUAGUUGCCUAUAGCACUGUCAUUGACAGUCUUUGCAAGGAUACUCUAGUUGUUGAUGCACUGAAGCUCUUCUCAGAAAUGACGAGUAAGGGUAUUGCCCCAAAUGUCAUUACCUAUAACUCUUUGAUUCAUUGAGUUUGCAAAUUGGGAAAUUGGAAAGAAGCUACAAGAUUGUUGAAUGAAAUGGUGAGUAAACAUAUCUUUCCAGAUGUGUGCACCUUCAGUGUUUUGGUUGAUACAUUUUGUAAAGAGGGGAUGGUCCAGGAAGCAAGGAGCGUGGUCGAAAUGAUGACGCAAAGGAAUAUAGCACCCGAUACAAUUACGUACACUUCACUUAUAGAUGGUUACUGUUUGCGAGGAGAAAUGGACGAGGCUAAAAAGGUUUUUGAAAUAAUGCUUAGCAAAGGCUGCAUGGUUGAUGCUCGUAGCUAUAACGUAUUGAUAAACGGCUAUUGUAAGCGUAAAAGGAUAGAUGAUGCUCAGAUGAUUCUUCUGGAAAUGUCUCAUAAGGGUGUUGUUCCAGAUACGGUUACUUAUAGUACUCUUAUUGAUGGGUUUUGCAAGAUGGGGAGAACACAAGAUGCACAAAACUUGUUCUCUCAAAUGCAAGCUUGUGGCCAACUUCCAGACAUUCAAACUUAUUCUAUUUUAUUGCAUGGCAUGUGUGCAAACCAACAAUUUUCCAAGGCAGCUGAAUUGUUGGAAGAGAUGGAGGGAAAGAAGUUGGAUUUUGGUAUUGUAACUUACAAUAUUCUUAUUGAAGGUUUGUGCAAAGCUGAAAAAGUUGAAUAUGCAUGGGAUCUCUUCCGUCGUUUAUCAUCAAAAGGAAUUCAACCUAAUGUCAGGACAUAUACUAUAAUGAUCAGUGGAUUUUGUAAUGGCGGACUUACAUGUGAAGCAGAAAACUUGCUUAGAGAAAUGGAAGAGAGAGAUUGUUCUCCAAAUGAUUUCACGUACAACACAAUUAUCCGUGGGUUAUUCAAUAACAACGAGACAUCAAAGUCUGUGAGGCUUAUUCAAGAAAUGGUGGAGAGGGGUUUUUCUGCAGAUGCAUCAACUACGGAGUUGGUCGUUAAUUUAUUGUCUAAAGACAAAGUAGAUCCCACUUUGUUGAAAUUUAUAGAAAGACCGUGUUGAAAUUUAUUUGCAGUUUUGACGAGUUUGGCUGCAUCCUUCCCUUGAAUGCUGCAUUGGAGGGAGUUGUUCCUGUGCUGAGUCCAGUUCAAGGAGCCAUUCAUGCAUCGCCUGGUGACUUAUGGUAUCUGUUAUUAAUUUUAUCUAUCAAGUGAUAGAGCAACUUUUAUGUUGCUCUUUUAAGAUUGUGAAAUUUGUUGGAGAAGCAAAUUUUGUGGACUGAUAUGAAAUUCGUAAACAUAUUUAUGGCUUGGUUUAACUUCUCCUUUA